CCGUCCCUGACUAAGGCCAUCUGUCCACACCGCCAUCCCAAACGGGUGAUAGGAAUUCAUCAAAUUAUUAUGCGUGAACUUCCAAACCCGACACUCCGAGAUCCGCCAAUUCUACUCUCAAACUUUCACUCCCCAAUUUCGCACCGAAUUGACCACACUGGCCACUGCGCCAGUGUCUGAGUGAUCCCAAUGGCCUCCUCGUGGUGCUGGAGCUGCCUCUCGCGGCUUCGCGCAACACCAUCACCUCGAGCAAUCCUCCCUCCGCAGUCCAUUACACCCCGAAUCACGACCGCUUCCUUCCACUCCUCCGCCGUGCAAUAUGCCAACCCAACAAAGAAAAAGAGUACCAUCGUGGCAGUGAAGUAUCGUCAGGGUCAGACCCUGCGCCGAAAGAAGAAGAAGACCACCGAGCGUGCGCGUCCUCCGGCCGUCGGCGAGCGCAAGGCUUUGCGGAAACGUAUUGUCUUGAGUAACCCCAAUGCCCUUGAGAUUGAGGGUAUGCAGGAUCUGUCUUUGGAGACUAUGGUUGAUGCUCGUCUGCGUGGCUCCGUGCUGGGUCUGCCGGUGCCGAUGCUGGACCAAUUGAGAGCUGUGCAGGCUUUCCAGCCUAAGCAAGGCUGGUCUAUAUUCCGCCGGCCGGGUACCGUUCUGCGUCGGGAUACUUUGGAGAUGGCUCGCUUGUUUGAGAAGAUUUCUGGAGAGGGUGAUUCCGCCGAGAAGGGCAAGGUGGUUAAGAAGAUUAUCACGGGUUUGAAGGGCUCUGGCAAGACUGUGCAUCUGCUGCAGGCUAUGGCCAUGGGUUUCCUUAAGAAGUGGGUUGUGGUCACAGUUCCUGAUGCCCGAGACCUCGUAUCCGGUGAUACCACCUACUCCCCGAUCGAGGGCACCAACCCGCCCCAAUACAUCCAGCCCAAUGCCGUCUCCGCCCUUCUGAUGCGCACCGUUGAGGCCAAUCGUCAGGUUCUCUCUAGCCUCAAGGUUUCACAGAAACACUCUGCCCUGCCGUCCCUGAAGGCUUCCUCCACCCUGGAGGAUCUCGCCAAGCUCGGCUUCCAGGAUGCGGCCGUUGCCUGGCCCGUUUUCCAGGCUCUGUGGACGGAGCUGACUGCCACCGCCGCGGCCCCCGGUAUGGAGAAGGACUUCAAGCCCCGUCCUCCCAUGCUGGUGACCGUUGAUGGCAUCGCACAUUGGAUGAAGGAGAGCGCCUACCGCGCCUCCGACUACAGUCCCGUACACGCGCACGACCUCGUCUUCGUCAAGCACUUCCUCUCCCUUCUACAGAACGGCCAGGCCUCGCUGAAGAACGGCGGUAUGGUCCUCUACGCUACCUCCACCUCCAACAACCCUGCCGUCCACACCCUCGAUGUUGCCCUGGAGCAGCUGGCCGCCCGCCAGGCCGGCGUCAGCCCUUCGUCCCCAGACUACCCUGCCCCCGAGGCUUACAGCGGUGCCGACCCCCGCAUUCUGGAGCUGUUCAAGCCUACUACCGGCAAGGAGCCUCAGUUCGAGCUUCAGACACUCGGUGGUCUGACCCGCGACGAGGCCCGCGGUUACCUGGAGUACUUUGCCCGCAGCGGCUUGCUGCGUGAGGAAGUCAAUGAGACCUGGGUCGGCGAGAAGUGGAGUCUGUCCGGUGGCGGUAUUAUUGGCGAGUUGGAGAAAUUGGGUCGUCAUGUCCGUGCCACUGCGCAGCCUGCCCAUGUUCUCAACUAAAGUGUUGGUUGGAUAUACCACUAUACCUGUUGUCUGCUCCUUGGGCUUCGAUUUUUGAUUCGGGCCUCGGGCUGCUUUAUUGUAAAUGGGAUGCUCGCAGUCUCUUUUUUGUUUUCUUAUAUGUAUUUUACAAUCUGAGUCUCCUGUCUUUUCUUUUCUUUUCUGUUUGUAUGCAUAUAAUGGAUAUGUUGGGGUCUUCAUAUGGGUACGUAGAGAGGCGUGAACAUUGUAUGCCGUUGAAGCUAACAAUUUAAAUUUGUGUGAGCAGUAC